CCAGGUGUUUUAAGCAUUAAUCUCACAAAAUGUUUAUACAUUUAUUACAAGCAAUUGUAUAACGCUUGAAUUUUACAUUUUAAAAAGUUUCAAAAGUUUGCUUAAAUGGGUUGUUGCAUGACAUGACGUUUUUCACUGUCACAAUAUAAAAAACUUUCGUUUAAAAAAAUUUCGUUUAAAAUGUUUUUGUCUUACAUGGAACCAUUGUCUUAAAAAUGUAUUUAUUAUUAGAUUUAUUUUUUUUAUUUUAUUUGUAUUUUUUUUAAGCUAAAUCUCAAAAUUGUAAUAUGGUGUGUCUCAAGGAUGUUCAAUAAAUUACAACUUUUAUCAAUUUAAAAGAAAAGCAUACAAUUGUUAAUAAAAAUACCUCAGAAAUAAUUGUAAAAUAUUUUUUAAUCCAUAUAUUUCUAAAAGUAUAUGAAAUUAAUACAUUAUGACACUAAAAUCUGUCAUCUGAUGUGACACCAUAUCCUGUUAUUAAACUCUAUAGGCAAUUUUAAUUAGUUGAAGGACCAGGAAUAUUGUUUUACAAAAAAGCUUUUUUUUUUUUUUUGUCAACUAACCAAAUCUUUUUUCCCAUCUAUAUCUUGAAAGACAUCUGUAAUAUCGUUUGCUAUAAAGAACACAUAAAACAUUUAAUAAAUGUGCAUUCUGGCUUCCCACACAUAACAAUAACAACGAUGAGGAGAGAAAAAAAAAAAAAAAAAGGAGUGGACGAACCAUGCACACUUGUUCAAUACGAAUGCCAUAUUCUGGAAUAUGAGCUGUCAUUUAUUCUGUCAUCACCCGGAUGCUGAUUCAGUGCACACACAGUUGAGACCGAGCACAUACUGAUAUAAGUGUUUAAACUAAACUCACUUUAGCUUUGCCUGUUUAAACAUUUAAGUGCCCAAAAAACACAAGCUUGUGCACAGUGAGAUGAUCUGUGCAUAUGCUCAUCUGAAGCGUACCAACCCAUGCCUCAGAACGCAUGUAAAUAUUAAGCUCUCUCUAAAGUAUUGUGUAUAUACUUACCUCUUGGUAAGUAUCCUAUAGCAGACAAAGCCUCAUAUUUGAACUGACACAUACACUCAGAAUUACGUCAAUAGUACCCGUCUAGUAAUCAUUCUCAAUGUUUUAAAUGAAUGUUAACGGUUGAGAAAGAAAUCUGAUGUAUAACGUUAUUCUGGAUCCGUGCGGUCAGAUUUAAAGGCACAGCAGCCUAUAAAUACGUGCUGCUGAAUGUCACUGAUGUUAAUCAAUCAAUGAAAUAGCUAGUACAAAGAUUAAUCUAAAUUUAAUUCAUACAGUACUUCAUACUUUGCAGUGUUAUUUUAUACUUCAUUAUACAAUUUCUGUACCUGAAUACUACUGUUUAUUUUAUCUAUGCUUGUAAACUAUGUAUUUCUUUCUUUUUUUUUUUUUUUUUUUACUGAUUGUUCACUUGCCUUUAAUCAUGUUUGAACUCUCUCAGACUAUAGUUUUUACUGUAGAAUAUGAAGUAAAUAAUGUUUCUGGAAAGCAAAGUAAAAUGGUAUAAAAUUAGUGUCAUUAAUUUAUUUUUGUUUGUAUGUUCACACUGAUGUUAUAGUGACAUCUGAAUGGAAGAGACAUUAUAAAUGCAUUCAGUUCUAUCCUCCAAUGACAACAAACUCCGCCUCUUGCAAGGGUGCUGGUUUAAUGUGUAAUAGUCAAAUAAAAUGCAUAAUUUCUCACUGGGUUUCACACAGGCAUCCUUCAAGAGCACUGAGACACACAGACAACGAUCAUCCAUUUCAAACGUGAGAGAUCUGAAUAUGGCUUCCAAAACUCAGAUACUACUACUGCUAGUGGCUGUAAUGAUUACAAACUAUGGUCUUACCAGCACGACCACCAGCAUGACGGCCAGCACAAUGGCCAGCAUGUCCACCAGCACGACGGCCAGCAUGUCCACCAGCACGACGGCCAGCACGACAGCCAGCACGAUGGCCAGCAUGUCCACCAGCACCGCCAGCACGACCACCAGUACGACGGCCAGCACGACCACCAGCACGACGGCAAGCACGAUGGCCAGCAUGUCCACCAGCACGACCGCCAGCACGACAGCCAGCACGAUGGCCAGCAUGUCCACCAGCACCGCCAGCACGACCACCAGUACGAUGGCCAGCACGACCGCCAGCACUACCACCAGCACGAUGGCCAGCAUGUCCACCAGCACGACCGCCAGCACUACCACCAGCACGAUGGCCAGCAUGUCCACCAGCACAACCGCCAGCACUACCACCAGCACGAAGGCCAGCAUGUCCACCAGCACGAUGGCCAGCAGGACUGCCAGCACGAUGGUUAGCAGGACCGCCAGCACGAUGGCCAGCACGAUGACCAGCACGACCAGUAGCACGACCACCAGAACGUCAGCCAGGACAGUGGCCAGCACGGCCGGUAGCACGACCGGUAGCACGACCGGUAGCACGACCGGUAGCACGACUGACAGCACAACCGUCAGCACAACCGUCAGCACAACUGUCAGCACAGGAGCCAGCACGAUGCCCAGCAUGACCUCUAGUACGGCGGCAAGCACGACAGCCAGAACGAAAGCCAGCACGAUCAACAACACAACCAACAGCAUGACCGCCAGCACGAUCAACAGCACGACCACCCAGACAUUUAGAACUGCAGGCUCCAACGAUACUGCCAUCAACUGCUCAACCAAUGGCAUGACCAACUGCACAAACCUCAGUAUGACCAAUGGCACAACCAACAGCACAGCCACCAGAACCACAACCAUCAGCACAAACCCCAGCAUUUCUUCUGCAUCAACUCUUUCACCUAUGGGGAUCGUGGGACAGUUUGGAGUUUUGAUCUAUAUUGUCACCUCCACUGUGGUUAUUAAACUCUUCCACCAGACGUGAUCAUCAACUCCAUUUGACAAACUGCCUAUGUUUGUCAAAAAGCUAAAACACAGAUUACUGAUUUUGUUUAGAUUUUUGC